GUUAUGUGUAAACGGAAAGUUCUGGUUUAUUUACAGGGGGUUUUGUCUCUGGUGUGUCUCUACGGCAGGUUCGGGCAGACAAACUGCAACGUUAUGACCUUUUUUGGUUUGACAUACCUGGGUUAUCAGAACCCGAUAGGCGAUAGAAUGAUACUGAAUCCCCGGGGACCGUCUAAUCCUAACGAUGGCAACAGCAACAUCAAAGCCGGGAUGCCACCUUCUCUUCAAGAACAACCGAGACACCUCAGAUGUGUAGAGGACUGCCAACUUUCUGACCAGCCUCUUCCCCACAGCACUGACAUACACAAUGGGAGCCAUGAGAGAUGCGAAGCGAUGAUUAAGCGGCUUCAAACACCUAGAUCUCCAAACCAGCUCUACAUGGUGCCUCUGACAGAGAGCCAGAGGUAUGGCUGGAUGGUGUCCAAGAACCCUGAGCCAUGGAUGCUAGUCAGACGGUUUCCUCGAAAGAACAGCGAAAUGACCAAGUUUGUUAAAGAAAUGUUAAAGACGGACCCGAACUUCAGCCUGUUAUGAAAACUUUUGCAGUAACACAAAUUACCUCACACAUAAAAACAGCAACAAACAUGAUGUGAAAACGUGAAAUUAAACUGACAACAUGCACACUUUUAGAGGUUUUUUUUUUUUUGCCUCAUGCAAUAGUGUUAAGCCUAUUUUUGUAAUGAGUGUGCUCUCUUUUUUUACAUUUAAGUAAUUCUUUGAAUGACAUGUACAGUAUUAAGCCUUUGUAGAAAGUUACUGCUCAGCCAGUUUUUGGAGGUGUAAAAAUGUUGGAGGGUUGCUCAUUGGAGAAAAACAAAAGGGUAUUCAGUCUUAAAGUUGUUAAAGCAAGGAAAAACAGGAUUUGCUUUACUCCAUAGUAAGGUACAGGGCCAUUGAUGCAUCACUAACAAUAAGGGUCCUUACAUCUCAGAUCAUUGAAUUUUUAGAACAUUUUCUGGGCAACUAUCUCUGAUUUCUGUCAUAAUUUUGUGUUUAAAUCAUCUGGACACAGCAACCUUUCCUUGAAGACUAGUCAUUUCAGAUGAGUUACUAGUUUUUUUCAAUACAUUUAAUAUUUUUUUUCUGUGUUUAUUUUUACUUGUUGAAUUUUAAUGCCUCUUAUUAUUUUUUAAACUCAGUAUGACUUAUCUGACCCUUCCAGGCCAAUGUGCAUGCAUAUAAAGUGGGUGUGAAAAAUGAAAAAAGUACACAUAUAUUUUAAGUUAUUGUCUCAGUUUUAAUUUGAUUACAGUUUGGAAACUAUUUGGAUAUUUUUUCUGUUCAGAUCUGCUGAUAUUGUUGUUUCUGUGGUAUAACUUGUAUCAUAUUUGCUAAAUCCAGCACGAAAGUUGAAUGAAAAGAGCAUUUCCAUAAUUUUUAUCACCAAAAAAAAUCAUUUUUAGAAAAUAUUUUGCAUGUUUUAGUUACAAUUUACAGAUUGCCACUAGUCAUUUUUUGCAUUGUUAAUUUCUUUUUUGUGUGCUCAAAUAUGGAACUUUACAAGACUACUUGCAUAUUUGUUCCACAUUGCAUGGCAAAUGCAUUUUCUGAUUUUUUUUUUUUAUGCAUCCGUCCCAAAUUAUAGGUCAUGAUUUAUUUUUAUGGUAAGAAAGACCAGCGAAAAUUUCAGGCUUUUGGUUUUUGAGGUAAUCAUGUUCAAACAUUGCCUCAGAUUUCAAAGUGUGGGAAAAAUAUGGUGGAAGUGGGCUGACGGACCAUCUAAAAAUAUAUAUUUAUCUUGAAAAGUAUUUGAUAUAUAAAUGGGCAUUGCAAUUAAAAAUUCCUCUCGGGAACUCAGAAAUUCCAGCUUCAAAUGGAACUCACCAUUAUAGUCACCAUUAGAGUCGCUUUGGCGAUUCUUGUAUUACCUCCUUACACAGAGGAUACACUGGAGCAUCCUUUUUGAAAGGAAAAGAGAUAAUGCCAGCUAACAGUUCAUUUUUCAUUCCAUGCCAUGACGUGCUGAUAUGUUUUAAGACUUCCAAAACAACUUACAUUAAACUCACGCCUGAUA